UGCUUUUUCGGAGAAUAUGUAUUUUUAACCAAAAUAUGGAUUUAUAAAUGCUACAUGAGCUCUUAAUCUCAUUUCUUCGAGAUAUAACGACGCAAUUGUAGAGAAAUUUGAAAAAUGUGGAAGAUAUUUUUAUAACAUAAGCAGUGGAUGAUAUUUUUAACACGCGCAAUACGUCGAUUUAAAUAUCAUCCAUGUGUGUGAUGAAUCGCGAUUCAUUUAUCACCGUUGCAAUAAAAACGAAAUAAGCGUAAUAUGAAUUCAUCACCUAUUCGACCCUAUUCAACUCAGUCUACACGAAGUAUUCUCGCGAGCGAAUUACUCUCGUAAGUGAAUUAAAAUUUUUUUACAUACAUAUGCAUAUGUAUAUGUAUGUACAAGCAGAAAAUUGUCUAACAAGGUUGUAAAAACGAAUAUUAAAUCUAACAAUAAUUUUAUAGGAAUGUGUAUCGGCAAUGAAAAUACACACAUCGCGGGUGUCAUAUAAUAAAUAAAUGAACUGUCACUAAUUAUCGUCAUGUCGUUUAUGAUAUCGUUUUUAACGGAAAUAUGCGCUCGAGGAAUAAAUAAACAGCUAUUAGCGCGUAAAGUGCCGAUCUUUAAACAACUAGUGCGAAAUUUAGAGAUACAUGAACACAUGGCGUACACUUUAUUGAAGGAAGCCGGCAUUCCUGUUCCGCCUUUUGGAGUAGCGAAAACACCCGACGAAGCCGCCAAUCUGGCUAAGAAUCUAAACACUAAAGAUCUCGUACUAAAAGCACAGAUUUUAGCCGGAGGUAGAGCAAUGGGACAUUUUAAGGAUAAAGAUCUCAGUGGCGUUGUAAUGUGCGAAACUCCAGAGCAAGUAAAGGAAUUGACGAGCAAUAUGAUCGGCAAAGUGCUCAUAACUAAACAAACAGGUGCGGCCGGAAAGAUAUGUAAUUCCGUGAUGGUGACAGCACGCAUGUUUCCACGUAAGGAACAUUACAUGGCGGUGAUGCUGGAAAGUGCUUUCGAUGGGCCCGUGUUAAUUGUUUCCAAACAAGGUGGCGUAAACAUCGAGGAGAUCGCCGCCGUCAAUCCCGAAGCUGUAACAUACAUACCGAUCGACAUAAGUAAAGGCUUAACGUCCGCGCAAGCGGACAGUGUCGGCGAGAAGCUCGGACUCGCAGGAAACAACAAAGAAAUCGCAUCGAUUAUCGCCUGUAAUCUGUAUGAAUUGUUCGUCGAGAAGGACGCUCUGCUUGUCGAGAUCAACCCGUUUGCGGAGGAUAUUUGUGGUCAAUAUUACGCUUUAGAUUGCAAAUGUAAAUUCGACGAUAGCGCCGAUUUCCGACAGAAGGAAUUGUUUACGUUGAAAGACACGACUCAGAUGGAUCCGAAAGAGGUCGAAGCGGAAAAACAUAAUUUAAAUUACAUAGCUCUAGAUGGAAAUAUCGGCUGUAUGGUAAACGGAGCCGGUUUAGCUAUGGCUACCAUGGACAUUAUAAAGCUCUAUGGUGGUACCCCGGCAAAUUUCUUGGAUGUCGGAGGUACCGCUACAAUCGAAACCGUGACAGAAGGUUUCAAAAUACUAUCUUCAGACCCGAAAGUGGAAGCUAUUUUAAUAAAUAUCUUUGGUGGUAUAAUGAGAUGCGACAUAAUCGCCCAAGGAAUCAUCGAUGCUUUUAAACAGUUAAAAUUGCAUAUACCUAUAGUUGUGCGAUUACAGGGUACUAAUGUCGAUAAAGCUAAAAAAUUGAUAUCAGAUGCUAAGUUAGAAGUAAUUUCCGUGGAUGAUUUUGCACAAGCAGCCGAGACAUCGGUUAAAUUAGCAUUGAUGAUGAAUUUGGCAAAGUCUUUGAAUUUAGAUAUUCAUUUCACUGCUAAAUUAUCAGAAAAAAUGAAAAUUGCCGAGAAAAGAAAGAAAUGCAUCAAACUAUUUUUCUCCCGCAAAUUCAACCGACGCGAAAACUGCUUGUUUGGCGCUGCUCGCCAUGAUUCGUCAUUGGAUCGAAUCAGUUACAUCCGCGAGUCUGCGUGGCCUGCAAAGAUGGCUACCAUGUUGUCGCGGACGGUUUCACUCGCGGAGAGUCUCUGCCGAUUGAACACUCCUAAGAUAUUGGCAUGCAAGACUAACUUGACGAAACAACCAGUCAGGAAUUUAAAUGUACACGAACACAUCAGCUACAGUUUGCUCAAUGAAGCCGGCGUACCUACUCCGAAAUUUGGCGUUGCCAAAACUGCCGAUGAAGCAGCCAAACUCGCUGCCAACUUGAAGACGAAAGACAUUGUCUUGAAGGCUCAAGUUCUUGCUGGUGGCAGAGGGAAGGGACACUUCAAAGGAACGAAUGUCAGUGGAGUGAAGAUGUGUGAAACCCCAGAAGAAGCCAAGUCAUUAGCGAGUCACAUGCUAGGUAAAUUACUAAUAACUAAACAGACCGGCGAGGCCGGCAGGAUAUGUAACGCCGUGAUGGUCACGCAACGUAUGUUUCCCCGUAAAGAAUACUAUCUUGCUGUCAUGAUGGAAAGAGCCUUUGGUGGUCCCGUCAUUAUAGCUUCCAGCCAAGGUGGAGUAAAUAUUGAAGAAGUUGCUGCUACUAAUCCUAACGCAAUCAUGUAUGAACCUAUCGACAUCAACAAGGGAAUUACAAAGGAGCAAGCAGAACGCAUAAUUACCAAGUUGGGUCUUGAUAAUGUGAAGGAUUAUAUUUCCAAUAUAAUUCUAAAUCUUUACCAAAUGUUUCUCAAAAAGGACGCUCUUCUUCUAGAAGUGAAUCCUCUCGCAGAAGAUAUUAAUGGGAAUUAUUUUGCUCUGGAUUGCAAGUGUCGAUUUGAUGACAACGCUGAAUUCAGACAAAAAGAGCUAUUUAGUCUGAGGGAUUGGUCUCAGGAGGAUCCCAAGGAAGUCGAGGCUGCAAAAUUCGAUUUGAAUUACAUUGCGCUCGAUGGCAAUAUAGGUUGUAUGGUGAAUGGUGCAGGGUUAGCUAUGGCUACUAUGGAUAUCAUAAAAUUACAUGGUGGCGAACCGGCUAAUUUCCUCGAUGUUGGUGGUGGUGCAUCGGCUUCUGCAGUGAAAGAAGCAUUCAAAAUUAUCACUUCUGAUUCACGAGUUCACGCUCUUUUAGUUAAUAUUUUUGGAGGCAUCAUGAGAUGCGACGUCAUAGCAGAGGGUAUUAUUGCUGCGACUAAGGAAUUAAGUUUAAAAAUUCCCGUCGUCGUAAGAUUGCAGGGUACCAACGUGGACGAAGCCAAAGCUCUAAUCGCUAAUGCGGGUUUAAAAAUCGUGCCAAUCGACGAUUUGGAUGAAGCAGCCCGAGUUGCAGUAAAAUUAUCGACUAUUGUUAAAUUAGCACAAUCUGAAAAUCUCAGUGUAAAUUUCGAAAUACCAGCGAUUUCAUAGAUAGCGAAAAAAAUGAUGUAAGUUAUUGAAGAAUAUUGACGAGAAUAUACUCAAUAUGUUGUAUUGUUAAAUUAUUUCACAAGAAAUCGCCUGAAAGUAAUAACUAUAAUAAUAACUUUAUACAUGUAACGAUAUAUUCUCGCGUUACAGAUUAACAUUACAAACACAAUUCUUUAAUUUUUUGUGUAAUUUGUAGAGUGAAUAGCUAUAGAAUGUACAGCCUUGGAUAUAUCUAUUUUACGAAAGCGAUACGAUAGCGGAUAUAUUUAAAAUUUGAAAGACAAACUGUGGGUGGAUUAUUAUUAUAUAUGCGAUAUGUAAUCAAUUUUUCUCUUUAAUAUAGCUGCAAACAUUUAUAAUACUGUAAAACUGUGAAAGAUUAUACAAAGACAUAAUUUAUCAUUUAUCCUACAGGACUCUGUGAUUCAGUAUUAAGAUAUUAAGUUGUAUAAUAUAUCUCUAUUUUUGCUUUUGAACAACCAUACGAUGCACAGCUGUACGUUUUACAGGGUGUUUAAGGAUAAUGAAGUGUUAAGCAUAGACACACGUUUAUUCAUUUCAAAGUGAAAUUUUUCAUGACAACCAUUGAAAACAAAAAGCUUUGUUUAAUGUAUUAUAUGCAUGUAACGAUAUACAAUGGGGCACAGUAUGGGGAUACAGCACAGAAUAUUGCAGCAAUAUUAUUAAUAUUGUUGUAACAUUGCGGCAACAUUGGAAUAUUGCCGCAAUAUUACUGCAAUGUUCUGUGCUGUACGAGACAUACAUAAAUUACUUUAUAUAAUUUUCAUUCGUGUCUUCGUUUCUUUAAUGAACAACCGAGUCAUAUUCUCGACUGCAAUGCUAAUGUCAAGAAAAAGUUUCAUAUUGCAAAUGAUUGUCAAACAAAUAUAUAUACACACACACACAUACAUUAUAUGCAUAUUUAUUCUCUCUGUAAAUUCGUGAAAUUGUAUUUAUGAUAAAACUGUCGACGAUACCAGUGUCAAGUAUCGUGAGCACUUUAAACAUUUCUGUAAAUAUACCAAGCAUUGCUUGCUCUUCUAAUCAUUAAAUAAGAAGAUGUAAAACAUGAGAUCAUAUCUUUACAAAUAGAUCAAUUAUGCGAUUUGAAAUACUCGUACUUGUCUCCUACAUAUAAUAAAAUUAUAAGAUUAA